AUGCCGGCUGACCCGGGGCCCGAGGCGGGCGGUGGCUGGCCAGGCUUCCUCAUGUCCUGCCUGAAGGGCCCGCAUGUCAUCCUCAAGAUGGAGGCCAUGAAGAUGGUCCACCCUGAGAAGUUCCCUGAGCUGCAGGCGGCCGCCCCCUGCUUCCCGCCUGCGCCCCGGCCUGCCCCGGCCCUCGCGCCCAAGCGAGCCUGGCCCUCAGACACAGAGAUCAUCGUCAACCAGGCCUGUGGGGGGGACAUGCCCGCCCUGGAAGGGGCGCCCUGCACCCCGCCCCUGCCACGGCGGCCCCCCAAGGGCAGCGCUGAGCUGGGCUUCCCCCGGGGGGCGCCGGCGGACGAGGUCAUCGUGAACCAGUACGUGAUGCGGCCCGGCCCUGCGGCCCCAGGGGCCCCUGCGGCAGCGGUGGCCGCGGCCCCGGGGGAGCCUCUGGAGUGCCCGACGUGCGGGCACACGUACAACGCCACGCAGCGGCGGCCCCGCGUGCUGUCCUGCCUGCACUCCGUGUGCGAGCAGUGCCUACAGAUCCUCUAUGAGUCCUGCCCCAAGUACAAGUUCAUCUCCUGUCCCACCUGCCGCCGUGAGACUGUGCUCUUCACUGACUACGGCCUGGCCGCGCUGGCCAUCAACACGUCCAUCCUGAGCCGCCUGCCGCCCGAGGCGCUGACCGCCCCGUCGGGUGGCCAGUGGGGUGGUGAGCCCGAGGGCAGCUGCUACCAGACCUUCCGGCAGUACUGCGGGGCUGCGUGCACGUGCCAUGCGCGGAACCCGCUGUCUGCCUGCUCCAUCAUGUAG